ACGCGACUUGAUGCUAGCUGGUUAGCUCCUUUAGCUCCUUUAGCUCGUUAGCUCGUUAGCUCUUUAGCUCGUUAGCUCGGUUAGCUCCGCUCAUCACCUGUCUGACUGUCAUCUUCAUGGAAGUUAUAAAACUUGAGCCGAAGAAGGAUUGAAGAGUCUCAUCCCGCAGAGAACAAGAAGCUAAAGAAGCAGAAGAGUUGUUCAUCUUGUGUGAUAAACAGUGGAGGAUGCUCCCUCAGGACCUCCAUAAGCUUCAUAUCCCAAAGCCACCCGGGGGCCACCAACCAGCAGCGCUCUGUAGAACAGCUGACGGAGGUGGACCUGCUGGUCCAGGAUCAGUGAUUCUGGACUCUCAGGACCACACAGGACGGGCCGGGCUCCGGUUUGAUGGCCGAGGCAUGGUCCUCCCUCACAGCAUUCUGGGGACGUUAGAGGACUUUAGAAGUUAUCUGGAGGCCAAAGGAGACACGGAGUUGAUGGAUCGAUUACCAAAGGCCCAGAGAAACGCUCCCUCAGAGCCCCCAGGAGGGCUUCCCUCUGAGGCUGAGGGGUCUGGGGUCUCUGCAGGACACAGAAACACGGAGAGAAACGCUCUGCAGCACUGGAACACACACAUGACGCAGCGCAGACGCCAGCAGGACUUCCUGUCCGAGCUGCUGGCCCGGCCGGUUGGAGGUUUACUGAUGAACCAAGCCAGCAGCUUCAGAGGAACACAGGAGCAGAGAGAGCUGCUGAACCAAGUCAUGCCUCUCCUCCACUCCGGAUAUGGUUACCGUGUGGGCAGUGAGUUCUGGAGUCUUCCCCAGCGUUAUGGAGAUGAGAUGAGUGGCAUCACAGCCACUCUGACUCAGACGGAGCAAGGCAGGAGGCAGCCGCUCACACAUGUAGGGCAGCCAGGCAGCAUCCGCAGGGAAUCAGGACUAACUAGUGCUGGGACCCGUCCAGCCUCUCUAACCUGGGACCAGAGUAGAUACCUGCAGCAGCAGAACCAGGAGCUCAGAGAGUUUCUACAGGACAUGGACAUCAACAAGCCGGACAUGGAUGGACUGGAGGUGAUUGGCUCCAGCAAGCCCUUCACUUCCAUCACAGUGUGUUGUGGUCCCGUCCUGGAGGAGGAGGAGGAGGAGGAGGAAAAGAUGAAGAAGGAGAACCUGGAUCCACUGGCUCAGUUUGAUGAUGUCCAGUCAGAUCUUCUGCUCAUUCCUGCCUUGAGGUUCUGUGGUCAGCUCGCUACCUGGACAGGAAACUCCACCAGCAACCAGGGAGAAGCAGGAAUCAGUGCCACGAUGCUGUUUGAGGCUCUGACGGGAGAAAGAGCUUCUUCCCACCUGGAGCUGCACAACGAGGGCAGCACGGCCAUCUUCUACAGCUGGCAGCAGCUUCUCGUGCCACAGAGCUUCCCUGAGCUGCGACCACAAACAAAGAGCCUGUUCUUCUACUUCAGCUCCUCCUCUGGCGUGAUCCGUCCAGGUGACACCCAGCGGGUCGACUUCAUAUUUAAGUCAGAGGAGCCAGGCAUCAGAACUGAACUCUGGCAGCUCACCACCCACCCUGUGCUGCUGCAAGGAGCCUCCAUGCAGCUCACGCUAAAGGGAGUCGCUCUGUCCCAGGACCAGACAGCAGACCAAAGGCUGUUUAUAGAGACGAAGCUGGAGAAGGUGGUGAAGGUGAAACUGUGCCGGUCCAUUGUGUCUGAGGUGCUGCGAGGGGUCUGCAGCCCGGAGAGACCCAGCUCUCCUGCAGAGCUCCACCUCACUGAGGAGCAGCAGUUCUUAAGCAAAAACUCUGAGUUGCAGUUCCUUCAUCAGCCAGUGGAGGAGCUGAAGAGACUCUGGGAGGAAGUCUACCCAGGAUGCACCUGGGAUCUCUCUGUGGAUUCACUCCGACAGGCUGUUCUAUCUCUGCCUGAGCAUGAGUCAGUGAAGGAAGAGAGUCUGGCCCGCCUCAACGUCCUGCUGCUGCAGCUCUCUGGACCUGGUCAGCUACAGCGCCAACAGAUAACAGCAGCAGCUGCAGGGCAGCAGCUGUGGAGGAAGCUGCUGGACAGCCUGGCUGGUGAGGCCUUGAGGCUCAGAGACCUGCUGGGCCUCCCAGAGAGAGAAACAUGGAGCCAUCACACAGAGGAAGCCCUGCCCUCUGAUGCUGAUAUGGCUGAAAACAAAGAGGAGAAGAGUGAUAAGAAGGGAGGAGCAGCUCCUAAGGAGGAGAGGAGCGGGGUGAGGUCCAGGUUUAAAGAUGACAACAAGGAGUCCAAGUCAGCAACGACAGAAAGAUCAGCCGAGGACAGCAGAAAGAAGGGCAGAAGAAGAGAGGACGUAGGGAAACGCUGCAGGGAAAAGCAAGGGAAGGAGCUCAGCUCUCCUCAGGCCUCGCUGACUGAUCUCCGUCCAGACAGCGUCAGUCAGCCUCCUGAUGAGGAACAUGGAGAGCUGAUGGACAUUUACACAAGGCUCCUGCACAAGAAGGUUUACUCUCUGAUGGGAGAGCUGGUGGACAACCUGUGUGACCUGAUGGAUGAGCUUCAUAAGGGAGAUGAACAUUAUUAACACGUGAGAGGAGCAGCUCAAUACAAAACCAAACUAAAUGUAAUAAUAAAUAAUCCCCAAAUGUUUAUUUUUAGACUUCAUUUUAUUGUGAAACCAAUAAAGUUGUUUUAUUCCUCUGACACAGUGAAUGUG